AUGCCCGCGAAAGUAUCGUUAAUUUGUCUUGUUCACUCAAUUAACGAAAAAGACAGUACAAAUUAUGUAAUUAGAGAAGCCAUCAUAAUCGUUCGAAGGGAAGAUAAUACUUCAAUGGAGUUAAAAGUUACUAGCUUCAUUCCUAAAAGCUCAGCUGUACCUAGAUGGAUCCCAUUAUACAAUCCAGAAAACAUCGUAAGAUUAACCGGAAAAUUUACAUUGGAUAAAAAACCACCCCAUGAUCCUACUUUACAGGUUACAGCAAAUGCUGAUGACAUUACUGGACUCUCCGUAUUUAUUACGGGUUUUAUUACAAAAACCGUUAAGAUAGAUAACCUAUUUAAAACAAUUAAAAUCACUGUCACCGAAUAUAUUGGAAAAGGUAGCGCAGGAAAUAACUUCAUUAUUACCUGUAGAUACUUAAAAUCAGAUGAGAGGAUUGACAAAAAAGUCAUCAAGACCCGAAAAAACUCUAACCUUAUGAUUACCAGAGAAUUAACCUUCGUAGAUCCGGAAUUCGUAGUGGAAAUACAAGAUAUUAAUUUCCUUCCCAUGUCUAUUGCGAACGUAGAACCAGCAUCAGGACAGUCAUCAGGAAGAAUUUCGGCCCAAGUCAUGGCUAAUACAAGUCUUUCAAAUGAUGAAGAGUAA